AUGAAGCUGCCACUCUUGGUGUUUAUUGUGUAUCUGCUAUGGUUGAAAGACUGUCACUGUGCACCUACUUGGAAAGACAAAACUGCUAUCCAUGGAAACCUGAGGGGUUUUUCCAAAGCUGGGGAGAUAGAUGUUGAUGAAGAGGUGAAGAAGGCUUUGGUUGGUAUGAAGCAGAUGAAAAUCAUGAUGGAAAGGAGAGAGGAGGAGCAUACAAAUCUAAUGAAAACCCUGAAGAAAUGCAGAGAAGGAAAACAGGAGGCCCUGAAACUUAUGAACGAAGUUCAAGAAUAUCUGGAAGAGGGAGAAAGGUUAUGCCAGGAAUCUCUGGCAGAUUCCUGGGACGAACGCAAGUCUUGCCUGGAAAGUGACUGCAUGAAAUUUUAUUCAACCUGCCAACCUAGUUGGUCCUUUAUGGAAAAUAUGAUUGAACAGUUUUUCAGGAAGAUAUAUCAAUUUCUGUUUUCUUUCCAUGAAGAUAAUGAAAAAGAUCUCCUUUUCAGUGAAAAGAUCAUGGAAGAUGCACAAGUGACCCAAAUAGAGCACGUGUUCAGCCAACUGAUGGUGGAUGUGAGAUUUCUCUUCAACAGGAGUUUUAAUGUCUUCAAACAGAUGCAGCAAGAAUUUGACCAGGCUUUUCAGUCAUAUUUCAUGUCAGACACAGACUUAAUUGAGCCUUACUUUUUUCCAGCUUUCUUCAAAGAGCCAAUGAGAAAAGCAGGUCUUGUGCAAAGCUGGGACAUUCCCAGUUUCUUCCAGCUGUUUUGUAAUUUCAGUCUCUCCAUUUAUCAAAGUGUCAGCACAACAAUUACUGAGAUGCUGAAUGCAAUGGAUUAUUUACCAAAACAACAUAAAGAUGCUGAACCUGGAAGCCAGAGUUCUAAGACAGUGCCUGUGCAUGACAGAGGACUGUGUGGAGAUCGUGGCCAGAAUUUGUCAGAAUGUGUCCAAUUUCAUGCAAGAUGUCAAAAAUGUCAGGAUUUCCUAUGGGAAGACUGCCCUGAUGUUCCUGAACUGCACACAAAAGUAGAUGAGGCCCUUAAAUUGGUCAACAUAUCCAAUCAACAGUAUAUCCAGAUUCUCCAGGUGACUCAGCAUCAUUUGGAGGAUACUAAAUAUCUGAUGGAGAAGAUGAGAGAGGAAUUUGGCUGGGUGACUGAACUGGCAAACCAAACUCGGGGAAAUGAGAACAUCUUCAAUUCCAUAAAGGUAGUUCCAGGCAUUCACCAAGGAAAUUUUUCCAAACAGAAUGAAACAAUGAUAGACUUAAGCAUUCGGCCUUCCCCCAAUUUCACGCUCAUGAUCCCUCUUGAAGAAAAUACCGAGAGUUCUAACUUCAUAAGCUACAUGCUGGAAAAAGCUAUACAGCAUUUUAAGGAACUUUUUAAAACUUGGUAA